AAAGGUGAAGACGAACCAUCUAAGGAUGUGUUUACACCCAUUUUUGCAAAAUAGUAUAAUGAUGCCACGUGUCAUCCAUGUUGGCAGAUAUUUCAUUAGUUGAAAGUUGUUGGAGUAAAUCUCUCUGGAUAAGGUUGAGUGGUUAUUUCCACAACUACAGUAAGGUUGUUGGUUUGUUGCGAACUUCUAGGAGAAUAAUUGGCAGAAUCAACAGAAUAAUCAGUUUGUUUCAGAUUUCAUGCUGCCGUUGAUUGUCAAGUUGUUGCCAUAGAUUUCCAAGCAUGCUGCCAAGGGUGUUUACUGCUAUAAAGAUGCAAAGAAGAAACAAAGCGAAGGAGACCAGCCUCUCACACAACUAGCCCAGCGCUAUCUACAUUUUAAUUUUACAAGCAAUGUCUUAGUUUAGAUCCAGUUUCCUCAAACAGCUUUCCUAAUUUAGUCUUUAGCUCUAUGCUGCCAUGAAUUGUGCCACCAUGGCAAGUCCUUAUUUUGAUCAUUGCCAGAAGCUCUUCAUCACUCCACCACAAGCUUCCUCUUAUGUCAAUCCACUUUAUGAUGAGAAGGCAACAGCUGACAGUGAAUCUAUCAAAUCACUUGCUGAAAGGAUAGCUGAUUUUGCUGAGGAAUCUAAAAGGCUUCAUGAGGAACGCCUAAGGAGGUUGGAGGAAAAUUUGAAAGUGUGCAAGUUAAAUCUUCCAGAACUUAAAACCCCUCAACCCAAAAGUGAGGUUUUUAUGGAGGAUUCAAAGAAGUGCCAUGCAGCCACGUCUCCAGGAACUUUGAAGCAGUUUUGCAAAUCGCAAAAUGUGACAAAGAUGCCAAUUGUAAGUGAAGGUCAAACGACACUAAGGUCAGAGAGUAACCCCAUGAUCACAGUCGGGGGGCAUGAAUCACAAUUGCAGUGUGUUGUCCAAAGUCAGCAACACCAUGCAGCUUUGGAGGCGACUUCAACAAGUAUGCCUCCAAGUCAUUCUAAGUCUGCAAAGACUAAUACUAGCAAUAGUCCUCUUACUCCUGGGAGGCAUAAACCAACUCAGGUGAAAUAUCCUUUUAAAGUCGUUAGUUUGAAGAGGGGAGUCAUUUCCAGUCUCGGGGGGCAACCUAGUCAGAUUGAACAACAAAGGUUGCAAGACCUUAUUGCCAAUGAAGUUCACAAAGCUAUAAAAAAAGAGGUAGCAAGGUUUGUGCCAUUGCAGCCUGAUGUCAAUCCAAGCAUCCAAUCAAUGUUGCCGCAGCAAAAGCAUGUUUGCAAGCCUAGACUACCUCAGCGGUUUGCAGACUCAUUGCCCAAGGCCACUCAAGUGGUGCAUGCUUCGCAAUGGCAACAACCACCAGGGAGGCAAAAGUUUAUUUGGGUGGAGAAGAAGAAACACAAUGCGGCUUCUCAAGAGGCAAAUCAGAAUUUAGUCAAUGCAAUCGUGUCUCCAAAGACGUCUGCCAAGUGUGUUCCUUUUAAGUCAAAUGACUCAAAGGCAGCUAAAGAGCUUAAUGUCAGUAGCAAAACAAUUAGCCUUGGAAGCGAAACCGAGGACGAAGAAACCACGGGAAGUGACGAGUUAAAAGGCUAGCCAUUUUGAGAUUGAUAUAGAUUUUAGAAAUAAAUCAUGCUUUUGUAAGAUAGAUUUUAGCUUGAAUUUAUGAGAUCAAAACAGAUUUCGGUCAUUUGAUCAAUUACUUGAAUUUAAGUCAUUUUGGAUAUAGAAACAAAUUGAGAUGUUUGAU